UUUCGUCAAUGCAUACGUAUGUAGACAACUUCAUCUAACGCGUGAUUACAAAUUAAGAAAAUGUGGCGCUGAUAGUCAGUCCGGUUUUUGAAGAAAUAUGGCGGAUGUCGAGCUGACUAAAGCCUUAAAAGAUUUACCUAAUCGAAUUCAAACCGCCAGCAAAAAGGAGCGGCGAGAGAUUUUACAAAAUGUCGUCGAUGUGUUGUCAAAUCCUGGUAUUAAUGACAAAAUCGUCUGUGGUAUUUGCAAAGUUCUCUCCCUUACUUUGCAUCGAUAUAAAGAUACAGCUUCCCAAUCUUACGUGAAAAAUGUCAUUACAAAAUUAUUGGCAAAGCAACCGGAAGCCACCGUGAAGCAUAUGACAAGUGUUAUUGCAGAACAAGCUACUUGGCAUAAGAAUGUUGUUCCUACUCUGAAUACCGCUUUAACUGCAUAUCUGACAUUAAAAUGGUCGACGCUUGUGAUAUUACAUGGAAUCAACAAGAAUUUUGAAAAUUGCACAGAACUGGCAAAACUGAUAGAAGCGCAAGCCAACUUAAGCGCAGCUUCAUUAGCAUCGACGGAUAAAAAGUUGUCUGAUAAAACGUACACGUUGCUCACGCAUGAAUGGUCAUCCGUUAAAGAUAUUGAAAUUAAGUAUGUGGAGACAUUAGUUAAACUUGAGAUUGGAAAUGGAGUCAUUGUACUUGCGAGCUUGCUCACAAAAUAUUUAGUGAAUACAAAGAAAGGUGAACUUAUAGAACAGUUGAAGAAAAAUGUUAUAGAUACAUUCAUAAAAGUGACCAUCAGUUCAAAGAAGAAACCAGAUCUAUACGUGGUCGAUACUGCGAUACCCCUUCUACGUAGAAUAUCGCACGAAGAAUUCAAGGUACAAUUGCUGCCAGCUUUGCAGAAGGCUAUGUUAAGAAAUCCCGAGAUAAUAAUUGAAUCUGUUGGACAUAUAUUAAGUGGAUUGAGUCUUGAUCUGAGUCAAUAUAGUCAAGAUAUUUGCAAAGGAUUAUUUGCGAAUUUACACUCUAAAGAAGAUCUUGUUAGGGAAGAGGCAGUAGGAGCAUGCCGUAGACUUGCUCGACAAUGUUCAGACACAACUGCUUUGGAGAAUUUACUUGCCUCUGUAUUCGCAGUAUUUCAUGGAUCCGAAGGGAAACUAACGGUGGCAACUCAUAAAAUAUCGGUAUUGCAAGGAGCAGGUAAUUUGAGUUACAAUGCAGCUUCAGGAAGCAGCGUACAAAGAUUGGCCGAAACUGCAUGCGAACAUUUCAUAAAGGUUCUUGAAACAGAGGUACAUGAAAAAACGUUGAUUCAUGCUUUGGAAAUGAUGGCACUAUGGUCAAACAAAUUUGCGGACAAUGUACCCCAAAGUGUGAUAGACGCGUUUAAAAAAGGAAUGGCAGCAAAAACUUCUACUGCUGCAGUACGUACCGCUUACAUCAAACUUUUCUUCUCUACUCCAGUAGACUCCUAUUCGGGCACGAUCGCCCCUAUUCUAACGCAAGCGAUAACAAGAGCUAUGCAACAAAGUGCACAGCCUAUGGCAGUAACGGAAGGAUUAGUAGCCUCAUAUUUGUUACUCAAGUUUGUAUUGGCAGACCAAGUGGAAAAUGAUAAACAAACGAUAUUAUGGAAUGUAAUAGACGAACAAAUAUUCUUUUCCGAAAAAUUUUUAACUACGUGCAGUGACGAUACGUUAUACCAUCUCAUGCUAUUAUGCGAGCGUCUUAUUACCGAAUUUGUUGAUAGACUAAAUGAAAAGGCUUUGAAUGGAAUUCAUAGAGCGAUCGUGACAUGUUCAACGACACCGAAAUCUGCCAUCAGGAAACGUUGCUUUCCAUUGAUCAAAAAAGUUUUGACUACUCUAAGUACGUACGCACCGGUGGAAGCACUUUUAACAGAAUUUAAUAAAUUCCUUGAAAAUGUCAAAAUCAAAUCCGAAAAUGAUAAAGAUAAUAAAGAUGAUACUAGCGAGAUCACUGGCAGAUGUUUAGCAGAUGGAUUACUCGCUAUAUGUUCUGGAUCAUUUCUAUUUGAAUUACCUGCUAUGCAAUUGACACGAGACGCUUUGAUCCCGGCUCAUCAUCCAGCAAUAUUAAAAGCUGUUCCAAAUUUGUGGUUGAAAAUAGCCAAGAACUUUAAUCUUGUACCGAAGGACUUUCUUAGAACUUAUAGCAACGAAAUAAAAAAGUUACUCAUUCAAAAUUAUAAUCCUAUACCGAGUUACGAGAAUGCGCUCGCCAAAGUACUUCAACUUGCCCCGGAUACUAUUUUGCCCAGUUUAAUUUCGAACGUAACGAAUAAACUAAACGAUUCAGAAAUUCUAAAAGUCACCAAGGACGAAUAUUUCACUUAUCUUACACCCGAAGGCGAACUUUAUGAUAAGAGCGUAUUACCAACCAAUGAUGAAAAUGACAUACUAAACGCAAUGAAUAUGAAACGAGAAAGUAAAGUCUACUCUUUCAAGGAACAACAAGAGGAAUUACAAUUGAGACGUGAAUUGUAUGAGAAACGUAAGAGAGAGGGAAAGAUAAAGGAGCCGAAGUUGACCCCGAAACAGGAGGAAAUUUUAAAAGGACAAAUUGCAAAGGAAAAUAGUAUUAGGAAGAGAUUGACCGAAUUGAAAUCAAAGAUAGAUCACGCGGUAUCCCUUAUACAUUGCGCGAUACGUGGUAACGGGCAAGAACUUUCUUUGUAUCUGAAAGAUAUAUUAUCUCCUAUAUUAAAAAAUUUAGGAUCGCCAUUGGCAGCACCUGCCAUAUCCGAACUUUACAUCGAGUUGCGAGAAAUCGUACAGAUCGGUACAAGCACGACCUUAGGAAAUUUGAUAGCGCACGUUACCUUAAGACAAUUGCAGCCGCAGUGUGAUUUAGAUCCAGCAUGGGAGGAUGAGAAUUUAGACGUGGUCGUUAAAAGAACCUUGAAUUUGAUCCAUGCGAUUACGAUCAAGCAGAAACGUUUGUUUACCGCGCCUGCAUUCUGUUACAUCUUUCCAUUUCUCAAGAAGACGUUAUUAACGUACAAAGACGACGCCAUGAUAGUACAAGGAUUGCAAAUAAUCCAGGAUCAUGCUAAGCAAAGAGGGAACAGUGCCGAUUUGAAAGAUAUGAGACAUCCUAGGCUAUUACCCAGAAAACAAAUAUUUGAUUUGCUUAUAGAACUUAUGAGCAAUACGACUGGAAGAGUACAGUCGCACGCGGUAGCAACGUUGUUGGACGUUGCUCAAUCCGGUAGCGGUCAACCAGGUACAGCUUUGGCAACGAGCGACGACAUAGAUUCGCUAAUCGGUGCAUUACAGAAUGCAUUAUCGGCGGUAAGAGAUGCAGCUUUGAGAGGUCUCACUGUCAUAAAAGAAGCAUUCCCAUCUCAGAAAGAGGAUCCCGUACAAUUCCUUCGUCUUACAAGAAGAAUAUGGAUCGCAAGAUUCGACGUUUGCGGGGAGAACGUAACACUAGCCAACGAACUCUGGAGUGCUGCUAAUUUAGUAGCUCAUGCCGAUAUCCUUUGCGACGAGUUGAUCCAAGAUAUUGCACAUCCGAUUGAACCUGUACAACAAGCUGCGGCAUGCGCUCUGGCCCAAUGUUUGACCAGUAUAUCGCAAUUAACCCCAUCGAUAUUAGACAGACUGUUAGAACUGUAUCAAGAAAAACUAGCUAUGAUACCGCCAAAACUGAACGAUUUUGGUCGCGUGGUCGAACAACCGAUCGAUACUUGGGCCCCACGUCGUGGUGUAGCACUUGCUCUGACGCAAAUAGCACCGCUAUUAACGUCAGAAACUAUUCAACGUCUCGUACAGUUCUUCGUUUCAACCGGCUUGGGAGAUAGGAACCAAUCGGUUCGUACGGAAAUGUUGAACGCCGCGGUAGCCGCGGUUGAUCUUCAUGGAAAGAAAAAUAUAACUUCCCUUUUACCUGUGUUCGAAGAUUUCAUGGAUAAAGCACCUAAAAUUGGCAGCUUCGAUUCUAUAAAACAAUCUGUGGUUAUUCUAAUGGGUUCGUUGGCGAGACAUUUGGAUAAGGACGAUCCACGUAUCAAGCCAAUCGUUAUGCGUCUAAUCGCAGCUCUUUCAACGCCGUCCCAACAAGUACAGGAAGCAGUGGCUAAUUGUUUACCACAUCUUGUACCUUCCAUCAAAGAGGAUGCACCAAAAAUCGUUGAUAAUCUUAUGGAUCAGUUGUUAAAAUCCGACAAAUAUGGAGAACGUAAGGGUGCUGCUUAUGGAUUAGCUGGUAUCAUCAAGGGUAUGGGUAUUUUGGCAUUGAAACAAUUAGAUAUCAUGACUACGCUUACCAACGCUAUUCAAGACAAAAAGAACUACAGGCACAGAGAAGGAGCAUUGUUUGCUUUUGAAAUGUUAUGUACUAUGUUGGGUAGAUUAUUCGAACCAUACAUCGUUCACGUAUUACCACAUUUAUUAUUAUGCUUUGGAGACUCUAGCCAAUAUGUAAGGGCCGCCACAGAUGAUACGGCUAGAGUAGUUAUGAGUAAACUCUCGGCUCAUGGCGUUAAAUUGGUAUUGCCAAGUUUGUUAGCGGCACUGGAGGAAGAUUCUUGGAGAACUAAAACUGGAUCGGUCGAACUAUUGGGCGCAAUGGCAUACUGUGCGCCAAAACAAUUAAGCAGCUGUUUGCCGAGUAUCGUACCUAAGCUCAUAGAAGUACUCAGCGAUUCCCAUACAAAAGUUCAAGAAGCUGGUGCCGAGGCAUUAAAAGUCAUCGGCAGCGUUAUUCGUAAUCCAGAAAUCCAAGCUAUCGUGCCAGUUUUAUUAAAGGCUUUGCAAGAUCCUUCUCACAAGACGGCAACUUGUUUGCAAACACUUUUGGACACCCAGUUCGUGCAUUUCAUCGAUGCCCCGUCUCUAGCUUUGAUCAUGCCAGUCGUACAGCGAGCCUUUUUGGAUCGUUCGACUGAGACGAGAAAAAUGGCUGCACAGAUAAUCGGUAACAUGUAUUCUCUAACCGAUCAAAAAGAUUUGACUCCUUAUUUGCCAACCAUCAUACCUGGCCUGAAAACGAGCUUGUUGGAUCCCGUACCUGAGGUACGUAGUGUAUCGGCUAGAGCUUUAGGUGCUAUGGUUCGUGGAAUGGGAGAGUCCAGCUUCGAAGAUUUAUUACCGUGGUUGAUGCAAACGUUAACUUCAGAAACAAGUAGCGUAGAUAGAUCUGGAGCUGCCCAAGGACUUUCCGAGGUAGUCCGCGGUUUGGGCGUAGAAAAAUUGCACAAAUUGAUGCCUGAAAUUAUCUCGACUGCCGAAAGAACGGACAUAGCUCCACACGUUAAAGAUGGUUACAUCAUGAUGUUCAUUUACAUGCCAAGUGCAUUUACUACCGAAUUCACGCCUUACAUAGGACAAAUUAUAAAUCCGAUAUUGAAAGCCCUUGCCGAUGAGAACGAGUACGUACGUGAGACUGCAUUAAGGGCUGGCCAAAGAAUCGUUACCUUGUAUGCGGACUCAGCGAUUAUGUUACUUUUACCUGAAUUGGAAAAGGGUCUUUUUGACGAUAAUUGGCGUAUCAGAUAUUCGUCCGUACAAUUGCUCGGUGAUCUUUUGUACAGAAUAUCUGGUGUAUCUGGAAAGAUGUCAACCGAGACAGCGAGUGAAGAUGAUAAUUUUGGAACGGAACAAUCUCACUUAGCUAUCAUCAAUGCUUUAGGCGCGGAAAGACGUAACCGAGUUUUAGCUGGCCUUUACAUGGGUAGAUCCGACGUAGCUUUGAUGGUACGUCAAGCUGCUCUUCACGUUUGGAAGGUAGUUGUAACGAAUACACCGAGGACAUUAAGAGAAAUAUUACCAACUCUAUUUACCCUUUUACUUGGAUGUUUGGCAAGCACGAGUUACGAUAAGAGACAAGUGGCCGCACGAACUUUGGGUGAUCUUGUCAGAAAAUUAGGAGAGAGAGUGCUUCCAGAAAUUAUACCGAUUUUGGAGAAGGGUCUUCAGAGUGAACAAGCCGAUCAACGGCAAGGUGUUUGUAUCGGUCUUUCGGAAAUCAUGGCGAGUACGAACAAAGAUAUGGUCCUGACGUUUGUCAUCAGUCUGGUACCCACUGUUAGAAAAGCUUUGUGCGAUCCAUUGCCCGAAGUUCGGCAAGCGGCAGCGAAAACUUUCGACGGAUUACAUUCAACAGUUGGCGUUCGAGCCUUAGACGAUAUACUUCCGGCUAUGUUAACUCAACUAAAUUCACCGGAUCAAGCCGAAGCUGAAAACACAUUGGAUGGUUUACGCCAAGUAAUGGCGAUUAAAUCACGCGUCGUAUUACCUUAUUUAGUACCUCAGUUAACAACUCCGCCGGUUAAUACGAAAGCACUGUCGAUCUUAGCCAGUGUCGCUGGAGAAGCAUUAACGAGAUUUCUACACAAGAUCUUACCAGCCCUAUUGACCGCCCUUUCUAGCGCUCAAGGAACUCCAAACGAAGUUCAGGAAUUAGAGUACUGUCAAGCGGUUAUUCUAUCCGUUACGGACGAAGUUGGUGUUAGAACGGUCAUGGAUCAACUAAUGGAAGCUACUAGAUCGGAGGAUGCAUCGAGACGGCGAAGCGCAGCGACCUUGCUCUGUGCCUUUUGUCGUGACACCAGAGCCGAUUAUAGCCAAUAUGUACCUCAACUUUUGCGCGGGCUUAUUCAUCUCUUUACCGACGAAGAUAAGGACGUAUUGCAAAUGAGCUGGGAAGCUCUUACCGCGGUCACCAAGACAUUGGCGUCCGAUCAACAAAUCGCUCACGUACAGGACAUCAGACAAGCCGUUCGCUUUGCUGUAUCCGAUUUGAAAGGACAAGAAUUAUUACCUGGAUUUUGUUUACCUAAAGGUAUCACGCCGAUACUUCCUAUAUUCAGAGAAGCAAUAUUGAAUGGUUUACCCGAGGCAAAGGAACAGGCUGCUCAAGGAUUAGGAGAAGUCAUUAAGUUGACCAGCGCUUGCGCGCUUCAACCAAGCGUUGUACAUAUCACUGGUCCAUUGAUUAGAAUACUUGGUGAUCGUUUCAAUUGGAGCGUGAAAGCUGCGGUACUCGAGACGCUUGCUAUUUUACUUGGCAAGGUCGGUGUCAUGCUCAAGCAAUUCUUACCUCAACUGCAAACAACAUUCUUGAGAGCAUUGAACGACAGCAAUCGUCAAGUGAGGUUAAAGGCAGCAUAUGCUUUGAGCAAUCUGAUCGUUAUACAUACUCGAGUGGAUCCAUUGUUCACUGAACUUCAUACCGGCAUUAAAACCGGCGAUGAUCCGGCUAUAAGAGAAACUAUGUUGCAAGCGUUACGCGGUGUUCUCACACCUGCCGGUGAUAAAAUGACAGAACCGAUGAAAAAACAAGUAUUCGUUACGUUGAACAGCAUGCUUGGUCAUCCAGAGGAUGUUACUAGAAACGCUGUGGCCGGUUGUUUCGGUGCUUUAUUAAGAUGGUUGAGUGCGGAACAGCUUGCUAUCGCAUUUAAUGAUAAUCUAUUGUGUAACGACGUCAAUGUUGACUGGAUGCUGAGACACGGACGUUCAGCCGCACUUUUCGUCGCACUAAAAGAAUCACCUAGCACUGUGUAUAACGCUAAAGAGAAGGAUCGCGUUUGUACAGUAAUUUUAUCUUAUUUAGCAGCGGACCGAGUGCAAAUAGUAAUGAACGGUGUUAGAGCUUGCGGUUAUUUAUUCCAAUAUCUAAUGAACGAAAGCCAAUCUAUACCACAACAAAUUCUUUCUCCGUUCGUCAGAUCAAUGAACAACAACAGUAACGACGUGAAACAAUUACUCGCCAGAGUUUGCAUUCACUUGGCACGAAAUAUAUCACCCGAGAAAAUGUCCUCAGAAUUGUUAAAAGCUUUGUUACCGAUGUUGGUUAACGGGACGAAAGAAAAAAAUGGUUACGUCAAAGCCAACAGCGAACUUGCUCUGAUCGCGGUACUUCGAUUGAGACAAGGAGAAGAAGAACAUCAGAGAUGCAUGGCUUUCUUGGACGCUGGUGCAAGAGAGUCAUUGUCGGACGUUGUCAGCAAAGUACUACGCAAGGUUUUAUCCCAGCCAGAAGGCAAGAUAGAAGAAUUAGAUGAUACGUUACUCACGUGAGAGAUAUUUUACUUCCCGGAGCUUUAUACUCGCUACAUCCGUUCCAAUAAUUGUAUUAUCGAUCAAUAUUCACCCACAUCCUGCGAGCAUUGCUGGCAGCAAAAACAACAACAACAACAACAACAACAAUGGAGGCAGUGGCAGCAACGACAACAUCAAGAGCAACAGAAACAGCAGCAGUACAAUCAUUAUUGCUCAUACGUUAGUCACAUUAUAAAAAAUGUAGUUCGUGUAAUAUCAUAUCGAUAAACGAUCUAAUGGUAUUCUGUAUGCCGAUCGUUUGAUGGUAAUAAUAAUGAUGAUGAAGGUGAUGCUGAUGCUGACGACGACGAUGAUGAGGAUGAGGAUGAUGAUGAUGAUGAUGAUGAUGAUGAUGAUAAUGAUGACGAUGACGAUGAUGACGAUGACGAUAAUAAUGAUGAUAGUAAUGAUGAUGAUCAUGUUGAUGGCAUUAAAGUUACUUAAGUUGAAAUCUGUCGAGUAUCAUGAAAUUUUGGAAGAUCAAUCGAUUAGGAAAAAUUCGAAACAUAACGACGAUAAUAAAAUUUCAAUUCUACAAGAAGAAAUUGUAUCGAGGUGGCGACAGCUCGAUCAUAUUAUUAUUAUUUUCUUUGAUUGUAGUAAAACGAUGGAAGUCAGAAUUUGAUUGAGUUGUAAAGAUUUAUCGAAACACAAUAAUAAUAUUAAUAAUAUUAAUAUUAAUAAUAAUAAUAAUAAUAAUAACAAUAAUAAUAAAAAAAAAACAAGUAUGUACACGA